AUGCAGCAAGAGAGAUCCACCGUCUGCAUAAAACAAAGCAGCCGGAAAGAUUAUUGUAAAGAGAAAUUCAUUUAUGUCUUCAAAACAGAAGAAGGUGAAUCAACUUACCUGGUCCUAAAGAGAAAGUAUGAAGAUUUGGAAGGGCAAUCCCUGACAGCAAAAAUGUUAUGAAAGAACUUCACCUGCAACUCAUUGCCAGCAUCAUCUUGAUUCCUCAUAUACUCAGCAUUGUUGAAAAGCUGGAUGAGAUCGCUCUGAGACCAAACCCAAUGAGUGCAGCCAAAGACCUUGAACUCCUGAUUGAAAAAGUGCAGAGGGAUCACAACCCCGAGAGAGUCAAGACACUGACAGAUGUGAAAAAGCAAGAAAAGCUGAAGAGUAACUUUGUCAAUCUGGUUGAUGAAUAA